AUGGACGCGCAGAUGAGGCUGAUAAUCCAGGCAACAACACUGAUUAGUGUGAUUCAGGCAUGGGUCAUGUUCAUGCACCAGAGAGCUGUUCGUCGUGCUUGGAGACCAUUGAUCCGCUAUGGUCCAUUGUUUCCCCGGGAACAGGAGAGGAUCAAAAAUCUGAACUACAUCUACAACUGCAAUGACGUCGAGGCUCUGUGGAUGCUUAGAAUGAAAAAAGCAUCAUUUGCCAGGCUUGUCGAGACCUUCAGGAGCAGGGGGCUGUUACAAGAUAGUAUCAACACCAGUGUUGAAGAGCAAGUGGUCAUAUUCCUCCAUGUUGUUGGCCAUAACCAGAGGUUCAGGGUCAUUCACAACAUGUUCAGGAGAUCAACGGAGACCAUCUCUAGGUACUUCAAGCAAGUGCUUUUUGCUAUUGGGGAGCUUAGAGGAGAGAUGAUUAGGAGACCAUCUAGUCGGACUCCACCCAAGAUUCGCGGAAGCCCAAGAUGGUAUCCAUACUUCAAGGAUUGCAUUGGGGCAAUAGAUGGUACUCAUGUCACUGCAAGAGUUCUUAGGUCACAGUCUGUAGCAUACAGGAGGAGGAAGCACUACACAAGCCAGAAUGUGCUUGCUGCUGUUGACUUUGAUCUGAAGUUCACAUAUGUGCUGGCUGGCUGGGAGGGGUCAGCGCAUGAUGCUAACAUUCUCACUGACAGCAUGAGUCGACCUGAUGGGAUCAACAUCCCCGACGGCAAAUUCUACCUUGGAGAUGCUGGUUAUGCAUGUUGGUCGGGUAUUCUUCCACCCUUCAGAAAAACAAGGUACCAUCUCAACGAGUUCUCUGGUAGGAACUAUCCUAGGACUGCACAGGAGCUGUUUAAUCUCAGACACUCCGGCCUUAGAGUAACUGUUGAGAGGGCAUUUGGAGCUCUGAAGAAUAGGUUUAAGAUCCUGGAUCAGAAGCCAUUCCACCCAUACUUCACUCAGGUUAGGCUAGUUCUUGCUUGUUGCAUUCUGCAUAACUGGAUCCUCCAGUGGGGCUUUGAUGAACACGUGCCUGAGGAGGAAGAUGUCGAGCCUGACGAUGUUGUUAGCUCUGGGCAUGGUGUGAAGGCAUUUGACAAUGACGCUUGGAAAAACAAAAAGUUGGAGUGGGCAGAGGCGAUGUGGCUUAACAGAGGUCAGUGCAGGAUUUAA